GGCCCGGAAGCGGACGGAGGCGGCCCGGGUCCCCGUCGUCUGCCGGCCAUGGACGAGGCCGACCGGCAGCUCUUGCGGCGGUGCCGGGUGAGGCUGGUCGGCGAGCUGCAGGUGGACCCGCUCUGGGACGCUCUGCUGACCCGCGAGCUCUUCACGCCCGACAUGAUCGAGGACAUCCAGCGGGCAGGCUCUGGAUCUCGGCGCGAUCAGGCCAGGCAGCUGAUCAUAGAUCUAGAGACUCGAGGGAGUCAGGCCCUUCCUUUGUUCAUCUCCUGCUUAGAGGACACAGGCCAGGACACGCUGGCUUCAUUCCUGAGAACAAGUAGCCACGCAGCAAAGUGGAAUCCGGAGACCGUCAGAUCCCUGAACCUCAUGCCUGUGGUGCUCGGACCAGAGUUGCUGAGAGAGGUGAAGCAGGAUCCAUUGAAGCCGACCCCAGGAAAACUCACUCCAGUGGUGGUGGGGCCAGAGGAGCUCUGGCCAGCCAAGCUCAGGCCAGAGGUUCUCAGACCAGAGGCACCCAGGCCAGGGGACAUUGGUUCUGGAGGAUUCAGUGAUGUCCGUGCUCAGGAGAGAUGGAGGGGAAAUGCCAAUUUGGCAUACGUCCUGGACGCGGACCCCUGUGGCCACUGUCUCAUUAUCAACAACGUGAACUUCUGCCUCGAGUCGGGGCUCAGCACCCGCACCGGCUCCAACAUCGACUGUGAGAAGCUGCAGCGGCGCUUCCGCCUGCUGCAUUUCGUGGUGGACGUGAAGGGCGACCUGACUGCCAAGCAAAUGGUCCAGGCGUUGACAGAGCUGGCGCGGCGGGACCAUGGUGCUCUAGACUGCUGUGUUGUGGUCAUCCUCUCUCACGGCUGUCAGGCUAGCCACCUCCAGCUCCCGGGCGCUGUUUAUGGCACAGAUGGCUGUCCUGUGUCCGUCGAAAGAAUUGUGAACAUCUUCAACGGAACCGGCUGCCCCAGCUUGGGAGGGAAGCCCAAGCUCUUUUUCAUCCAGGCCUGUGGUGGGGAUCAGAAGGACUAUGGAUUUGAGGUGGUCUCCACUUCCCCCGAAGACAGGACCCCUGGCAGUGACUCCGAGCCAGAUGCUGCCCCGUUCCAGGAAGGCCCGGGGGCCUUUGACCAGCCGGAUGCCGUGUCCACUUUGCCCACAGCCAGUGACAUCUUUGUGUCCUACUCCACCUUCCCAGGCUUCGUCUCCUGGCGGGAUACCAAGAGCGGCUCCUGGUACGUCGAGACCCUGGAUGGUGUUUUUGAGCAAUGGGCUCACUCUGAAGACCUGCAGACCCUCCUACUCAGGGUCGCUAAUGCUGUUUCGGUGAAAGGGAUUUACAAACAGAGUCCUGGUUGUUUAAAUUUCCUCCGGAAAAAACUUUUCUUUAAAACUUAAUGAGGCCAGGGCCCCUCACCCUGCCUUACUUUUUACCCCACAACCUUCCCGCUCCAGGCCCGGCGGCGGCUGAAGCCUGGGCCUUCCUACAACGAUAGCUGUCACGCUUUGAAGGGUUUUGUGGCCUGUAGAGAGUCUGCUCUUUCCCCACCGGCGGCAGACAGGCUCUUAGGAGCUUCCAAACUGGAGACAAGUGACCGGUGCUGGAGGAAGAGGAAGCGGAAGAAUUCCAUGGACACCAUG